AUGACCGAGCCCAUAGAUAGCCCCGACAAUACCCACCUUAAAGACAGCGAACGCUGGAUUGUUCGCAACGGUGUUGGGGUGCAGAUCAUGGAGACCCUUGCUGUUGGCGCAUUUUUAACCGCGCUGGCCGUGCAGCUUGGUGCGCCAAACUGGAUGAUUGGCGCACUCGCGGCCAUUCCACAUAUCGCCCAGGUUGCGCAGGUACCUGCGUUAUGGACUGUAGAACGGUUACGCAAACGGCGAAUGAUUUACCUGAUCAGCGGCAUGAUCGCGCGACCAAUGCUGUUGGUGAUUGCUGUGGCAGCAGUGGUAUAUACCGGCAUGCAGGCGUUAUGGCUGAUUCUGUUAGCCUUUGCCAUUCGCUAUGCGGCCGGCGCUUUUCUGAGCUGCUCCUGGAACAGCUGGAUGCGGGAUCUCGUGCCGGAUGCAGAAAUGGGUCGCCUGUUCAGCAACCGUCAGCAGAAAAUGAUCGGUGUGGGCAUCCUGUUCAGCCUCCUGGCAGCCGCCUUCAUUGACCUGUGGAAACAAUUUUCCGGUCUGCCCACAGAAUACGCUUAUGCAACGGUGUACACCCUGGCCUUUAUUGGUGGCAGCUACUCUGUCAUUUGCGCGCGGAAGAUCUUCGAACCUGUCAUGGAACCCUCCCACGCGCACAUAAUCAGCCACCUCAGGGCACCUUUCGCCAACCGUAAUUACCGGCGCCUGAUCAGCUUCCUGGCGAGCUGGAAUUUUGCCGUCAAUCUGGCUGCGCCCUUCUUUACGGUUUAUAUGCUCAAACGACUGGAAUACGAACUGACCUUGGUUAUUGCGUUUGCCACCCUCAGCCAGAUCGCUUCAUUCCUGACCGUCCGCUAUUGGGGCAGCAUUGCAGAUCAUUUCAGCAAUAAGGUUGUGCUGGCUACCUGUUGCCCGGUGUUCAUCCUGAGCAUCUUUGCCUGGACAUUCACCACCCUGCCCGAGCCGCACGGAUUCACGAUCCCGUUACUGAUUCUUAUUCAUAUCGCGACGGGCUUCGCCGUUGCCGGUGUGAAUCUGGCUUCUGGCAACAUCGCGCUCAAACUAGCGCCCAUUGGCGGGUCUACUGCCUACCUUGCCAGUAGUUCAAUGGUGAACGCGACGGCUGCCGGUAUUGCGGCGCUGUUAGGCGGAAUCGCCGUUGACCUGUUUUCUUCCUGGGAACUGGGCCUGACGAUUCAUUGGCAGAGCGAGGCGAAUAACCUGCAACUGGAGGCCAUGAACUUCAGCCAUUGGGAUUUCUUUUUCUUAUUUUCAACUCUGGUGGGCCUGUACUCUUUACACCGAUUGUCGUUAGUCGAGGAAAAAGGACUGCGCGCCGCAUCGGAAUUCCCCCUCGACGGUUUGACACACAUAAUGACUGACUAUAAAAAUCGUGAAAUACACCUGACGUCUCGGCCGAAUGGUCUGCCGGUGCCUGAAAAUUUUGGCCUGAUAGAAACCAACGUAUCCAGCGACGACGGCGAUGUGCUGCUAAAAAAUAUUUACAUGUCCGUCGACCCCGCCAUGCGCCCGCCGCUGACCAAUGGACAGACAAAGCUGGACGAACCUAUGAUGGGCGGUGCUAUUGGCAAAGUUCUACACAGCAGCAACCCCGACCAUGCCGUUGGCAGCUAUGUUAUCCACCGUGCAGGUUUUCGCGAAUAUCAUGUCAGUGACAGCAGCGAUUUGCGGACCAUCACGCUGCAGGAUGAACCCCUCUCCACACACCUGCACGUGCUUGGCGGCACCGGUCUGACUGCCUAUGGCGGCUUGCUGGUUACAGGCGAGUUGAAAGACUCGGAAAAUGUAUUUGUAUCCGCAGCCGCAGGCGCUGUCGGCAGCGUGGUGUGUCAGAUCGCCAAAAUCAAAGGUUGCCGGGUAGCCGGCAGCUGCGGCUCCCAGGAGAAGGUCGACUACCUGCUCAACGAACUGGGUAUAGACUAUGCCUUCAACUACAAAACCCAGGAUAUCCGUAAGUCUUUACGCGAAGGUUUACCGAAUGGCAUUGACGUCUAUUUCGAAAACGUCGGCGGUGAACACCUCGACGCGGCGUGCGGCCAGAUGCGCCCGUUAGGUCGCAUCCCGGUGUGUGGCAUGAUCUCGGCCUACAAUAACAAAGGUGCGCGUUCAGAGGGCGUCACCACGCUCUCAAAUAUGAUUUAUAACCGCGUCACGAUGAAAGGUUUUGUGGUCUACGAAUUCGAACAUCUGCGCGAGCAAUUCCUGACAGAUAUGCGCAAAUGGAUAGCUGCCGGGCAAAUGAAAUACAGCGAAACGAUCAUGCAGGGUAUCGAACAGGCACCGGCGGCAUUGAUCGGCUUACUCAAGGGUGAAAACACCGGCAAGAUGCUGGUUCAACUAUCAGAGGAUCUCUGA